CAGUCUCGAUAUCCCUCCCACUUACAGAGCAGAGAACAAAGAAAAGCGAGGAAAUGGGGUAUGGUAUAUGCAUACCAGUCUCCGGCGCACUCGCACAAUAGAACAACACCCAUUUCGGAAAAUGCGGACUCAAUCCAAACUCAUUAUGCGGAUACACCGGCUGCGUAUUCGGCCCCUCGUUGGCCGUCGCAACAUUAUACGCGUGGAUCGUGCGUCGAACGGGAUUUCCGAUAUCCUCGUGCGGGAUCCAUCCGAACGCCGAUGCGAAUGCGGAGAACUCCUCUGCGGAGGUGAGGUUUAGGUCCUUGAAGUAGAUUGCGCUGUGCGCGUGGAGGAGCGAAGAUAGGGUGUUGUUUUGGGUGAGGGUGCGGAUUGCGGAGACUUUUUCCGAUAUGGGGGCAGCGGGGUUCGAGGGGGUUAGGGCUAGGGGGAAGGUGGUUGAGGGCGGAUAGGGGGCUGAGAGGGGGACCUGGGGCGUAUAGGGGACUGCAUCAAAGAGGAGGGGAGCAUCUUGUGCUUGGGUGGUUUGGGCAAGUGGAUGGCUUGAUGGGGACGAGACUUGGGCCGCCAUUGUUCCUAUGUAAAUUCCUCUUAAGAUCGUUGUACUCUGUCUUAUCUGCAUAUCAUGUCUGUCUCGACAGUAUAUAUCACCCAUUCUGUCAUUUAUCGGCCGAGUAACUCUUUGACAUUCCAAGAGGGAUAUCUAUGGCGCGACGGAAUUCGUCGAGCACGCCUUCCGUCACGCCAUCCGCAACGAGACACCUCGGAGUAUUUACGUCGCCAAGAUGGUAGCUUUAGCCACUGCAUCCCUAUAAAUCUUUAGUCCAGCCCUAGCGGCUUGUCAUACGAACCUUCACGCGCUGGCACGGUCUAUCUACCAAUCAGCUUUGAUAUCGCGUGCUUUGGACAAGGAUCACCACAUGGCCCAGACGUUGCAGGCUGUGGGGCUGCGAUAGCUGCAGAGUUGAGCAGAGACAUAGGAUGACCGAGACUAUUUAAGAUGCUAUUGCUACCCCAGAGUGUCGCUCGAUAUCAACGAGAUCGUCAAAGAUCUAGAAAAUGGGUACUUCGCAGGUGGCAGUCAGCUCUGAUCCGGAGCACAACUCUGAUCAACCCGUCCAGAAACCACUCUCGCGGUUGACAAGAUGGUAUCGCAGCGCGUUGUUCAAUGUAGUUAUCGUCGGAUUGAUCUCCUUUACUCAACCGGGAAUCUGGAAUGCACUGAAUAGUAAGCCUGCAUCCGCCACCUUGCUUUGGCUCAGCACUAACAGGACAGACACCGGGGCCGGAGGCCAGCAAAAGCCCUACCUCGUCAAUGGCGCCAACAGCCUCACUUUCGGCAUUAUGGUCUUUGGAUGCCCGCUCUUCUCAAUCCUCGCCAACCGCUAUGGUCUACGCCGGGUCUUGAUUCUCGGGACACUUGGCUAUGCGCCGUACUCGGCCUCGCUGUAUACGAAUAACCGGUACGGUACCGAGUGGUUCGUUCUGUUUGGGGGCGUCACCUGCGGAAUUGCGGCUUCUGCACUCUGGUCGUCUGAAGGUGCAAUUGCACUUGGCUACGGAGGGGUCGGCGAUCGAGGGAAAUACACCGGAAUCUGGCUCGGCCUCCGCGAACUGGGCCAACUCAUCGGCUCGUCCAUCCAGCUCUCGUUGAACGUCGAGGAUGGCCAGCGAGGCAAAGUCGGCUACUCGACGUAUCUCGUCCUCAUCGGCCUCCAAUGCCUCGGCCUCCCACUCGCCCUGUUGAUCUCGCACCCAUCCAAAGUCAUCCGCGCCGACGGGACACACAUCCCAGACCCAACGCGCCAAAAGGCCGUCCUCGGUGAAUUCCGCAAGCUCUGGGCGCAGAUGAAGAAGAAGCAUAUCCUCCUCCUCAUCCCGAUCCUCGUCGGCUUCAACUGGAACGGGACGUACCAGGGGAUCUACCUGACCAACUACUUCAGCGUCCGCGCACGAACCCUCGGCGCUCUGACGUCAGGCAUCGCCGCAACAGCCGCCAACAUCUUCUGGGGCUGGUUCCUCGACACGAAGUUCUUCAGCCGCCCGAUCCUCGCCCGGAUCACCUGGUUCAGUUUCGCGGUCGUCAUGCUCUCGCUCUUCGGCUGGCAAUUCGCCAACGAGAAGCUGUACGAAUCCACACAGCCGACCAUCGACUGGGCGCAGCCAAACUUCGGCCGCGGCUUCGCAGUCAACGUCCUCUUCCGGUUUAUGAACGAGUCGCACUACAUGUUCGUGUACUGGCUGCUGGGCGUGUUCAACGAUGAUCUCGAGACGCUGACGCUGACGGUGGGGAUCGUCCGGUGUUUUGAGAGUGUAGGCUCGUGUCUGGCGUUUGGGAUUGGGGCUGCGCAAGUCUCGCCGCUGGUCAAUCUCAUUGUGGCGUUUGUGAUGUUUGUGCUGUGUAUUCCGACGACCUCGUGGGUUGUUUUUAUGGUGCCGGAGCAUCCGGAGAGGGCGGUUAAGGAGGAUGGGAGCGUAAGUAGUGAGGAUGGCCAGGAUGGUGAUAGGCAGUAGUCGAGAUAUACUCCAAAGACAUUAAUGAGAGUCGAGUCUGUAUCCCCACUAUAGGGUGUAUACUCCAGAUGGUGCCUCAAGCUCCGAAGCAUCCAUCAGUUAUUACCCUGAUAAAGUGGGUACAUCGACAAGGGACCCGUGACUCGUAGUUAGGGUUUGAUGACAAAAUGCAUGCUUCAGCCCCCGAAAGAUGCAAGCUAAGGUUUGAUGAAGGAUUAAGGGUGAGUACUGGCCAUUCAGGAGGCGGUCCUGCUCAUCGGGCACUACCUUUUGGCGUGAAUCUUAAGGUUGGCUCAAUGCUGUCACUAGAGUCAGAACUGGAUAUAUUUCAGCAGUGACAGAACCCGUCGGGCAGUGAAGAUGACCAGUUGCAUGCAACACAGCCACCACGACUAUACUCUGGACCGAAACCAUAUCAGGCUCUACAAUACGAAGA